UAAAAAUUUGUUUCAGAGGUACAAGAUAUAUUUGUUUAAGAAUUAAUGUGUUGCCUCCUUGGAACUGACUAGUUCAUUAUUAUUUUCUUGCUUGCUUUAACAGGGUAAGUAUAUUUAUACUCGUAUUUAAAAUACAAAAAUAGUCUCCUUACACGGGUAUGUCACCCAUUCCGUAUGAAUCGAUAUUUCAACUUAUUGCCACUCGAGCGGCUAUCGAGAACCUUCACGAUAUUAUUAAUUAGCGAUAUAAUCUAUUACAUGCAUCCUUUGUGUGUGGUGGCGGCGGCUCGCUCAAGCGCCUACCAACACGGAGGCUAUGAGUGCAUAAAUAGAUCGUAACCAUGGUAACGCCCCGUUCGCUAAAUAAACACGCUUCAUUGAACGUCGCCAUGACAAUGACUUUCAUUCCGUAACUGUCAGCCGAGGCGAUAGCACAAAAUGUUCUGGGGCAUCAGUCCUGCUAUUGAUUUGCAAGAAGAGUACCUAAAAUAUGGUGACAAGAAUGCCUACGAACUCAACUUUCUUGUUAUCGGAGGCUGCGAUGGAAGGCAUCUUCUCAAAACGUUGACUCAAGCUUACCGACAUACCAGGCGCUACAUGAACUUGUUCGUGGUCGACGGGUGUCCGGAGCUGGUGGCGAGACAACUCCUCCUCACGUCUCUGGCACUGGAGAAGACAACACGAUGUGGCCUAUUGGAGAAGACACGUCGUUACCUAGAAGUUUACGGCAACUUGCUGCUGCGACCCUCCACAUCGAGAUAUCUGAUCGCGAAAGCUCGUCAACUAGUCGGCAUGGUUACUAACCCUGAGUACAUGAACUGUCUUCUGCCCUGUGUCUCCAUUGAGCAGAUGAAGUAUCGUGAACGUGAUUAUAUGGAAAAUUUAAUGAACUUCUGGACUACGGGGAACACUAAUCAGUUCAAUGCUUGCGAGCUCUGGGAACACCGCUUGAGACAUAGUCUCGGUGUGAGGUACGACACUAGAAUGGGUGUUUACGACUGGGAUUAUCACAUGAGGAUGAAGGAAAUCGGAAGUCAGAUUUGUUAUCCGGAAUACAAACAUUUUCGUGAGCACGGCGUGGCCUUUACAUGGCUGGAAACAGAGGUAUGUAGGCCGAACGUUAGCCUCGCAGCUGGUGUCUAUAAGUGCGGUGACAGAUAUCUUCACAGAGGUUACUUAGGUGACAUAGUGACGUCACCCUACAUAGGGUAUGGACUGAACUGCGAAGACGCUGAUAUGUUGAAGUCUUCCCAUGGCGUCAAUUUUAAACGUGCGACGGACAUUGCAGAGAGAAAUGUAAUGAGAAUGCUUUACGAGAUAGAAAAUCGUCAAGAGUUUGACGCUGCUGCACUGAACUUAGAGACGGAAAAAAACUUGGGGAUGGUAGUGCUAGCUCAGGUGGAUGCAAAGAUAUCUGAGUGUGGUCCCGAGGCACCUCUGCUCUUGCGUGAGGAUCGUGAUACUUACAUCAAUGUGGAUUACGGGAAGGUUCACUUCUUGUCUCUGUCUGCGUUGGAACAUUAUCCUCAUAAACCGCAGUUUCAGGGCCUGUUUCACGGUGUAUUUGUGGGUCAUAACAUGUUACCUCGCGUGAAGCCCAGCGUGUGGUCAAUGGCACGUGAUGAUGCAGUCGUUCUCAUGGAGUCGCGAAAGUUUUUGGUGGAACAGAAGAGGGAUGAUGUAAAGGCGUUUGGUGAUCAGAUCCAUCAAGCCGCCACAGCCGCUCAGUGUGAGAAGAUCGCCAGUUUCGAUGCUCAGAAAGAUGAUUUUGCAAGGUUUCUGAUCAGGCGUAGAAGUGAGAGUACUGAUACUAAUAUUUCUUUCUAG